ACAAACUCGUCCUAGUUUGUGGGCAGACUGUGCAAGUACGCGCACAAGGUGCGAAGAUGAUGUUUUGCCGUGACGUCUGCCAUGACCAGCGACAGUUUUUGCUGCCUGACUCCUGAGAUAUCAUCCAUAUCUGGAGAGCAUCGCAUCACAAGUUGCUGCCUCAAGUUCUUGAAACUGGAUAGAGGUUUUAAUUAGAUCAAGCACAUGCGGAAGGAAACAUAUGGUCGGGUUGAAAUUCAAUCAAUAGUGUAAUGCCCCCAAUAUCAGUAAGCUGACUGUUGAUGAUUCAACAUUCCUGUGUUACACAAGACAGUGACAAGUGGUGUUGUCAACAUGGCCGCCAAAGGAUCAGACGUGCGGCAAAGACAAAAAUCACAAAGAAUCUCAACAGUUGUGAAUGGAAAUGGAAGAAAGAUCAAAGAGGAGUCUGCUAAUACCUCAGCUGGAAAUUUGACAAGUUUUGCAAACAUUCUCAGUUUUCUUGUGGGUGUUUUGUGUAUGGUGGUAGCUGGAUACAAGCAUGCCUGGUUGCAGUUUAUGCUGCAAGAAACAACACUUUGGUUCUCUAACAUUCAGGAGGUUGAGAGAGAAAUCUCCUUCCGAACAGAGUCAGGACUCUAUUACUCCUAUUACAAACAGAUGCUGCAUUCCCCUUCAAUCCAAACAGGUUUGUAUCAGCUGACCCAUGAUAACCACACAGAGCAUGGUCAUGAAAUCAACCUGUUGGAGAGAAUGAACAUCUAUCAGGAGCUUAUUCUUAGUAUUAUCUACAAGAUUCUACCCAUCAAGAAUAUGGUUGAGCCGAUAUACUUCUAUCUGUACAGUAUCUUCAGCCUUCAGGCUGUGCUGGUUUGUGCCCUGUAUGUGACAGCCUGGCUGCUCAGUGGCUCUUGGCUUGGAGGAAUCCUCACUGCCUGCUUCUACAUAUUCAACAAAGAUGAGACAACUCGUGUGGCGUACACAGCUCCUCUGAGGGAACACUUCUCUCUUCCUUUCUUGUGGGUGCAGAUAGCUGCUAUAUCCUACUUCUUCCGACCUUCUGUGUCUGCCAAAUGUGAAAAAAUCUCCACAGUUGUGAUUGUAUUUGCUAGUUUUUUCUUCACCCUGGGCUGGCAGUUUAACCAGUUCAUCCUCUUGCUGCAGGCCUUCACUCUGUUUGGGGUGUGGAUUCUAGAUAUGGUCCCUCUCUACAAGGUGCGGACAGUGAUGGUGGCCCAGGCAGGAUCGCUUCUCACAGUCUGCUUCCUCCAGUUCCUCAACAAGAUGAUCCUGGGUUCCCUUGUGCUUAGUUUUAUUCCUGCAGCCCUUAUACUCAUGACUCUCAAGGGAGAGAAACUGGUAGCUUGCAGUGUGGCAGUCCGUAUUGCUAAAGUGAUCUUCUACAGUGUCUCAGUAUUGGUACUUAUGUUACUACUCAACAUGGGGAUCAAGUAUGCUAUAAACCUUGAUGCUGAUGAACAUAUAUUCAAGUUCCUUCUUGCCAAAUUUGGAGUAAGCUAUGCUAGAGACUUUGAUUCUCGUCUGUACCUAUGUAAUGGUCAGAUGUUUAACUUCCUGCCCUUCUCCACCAUUGAGAAGUUAACAGGAGGUCUAGUCCUGCCCAUCUACGUGUUUGUUCACUUUGUCCUCCUGCUUAUAUUGGCCAUUGCUGUGCUGCAAAACUGGAGUAACAAUGUGCACGACAGUUCAGUUACUAAGGACCACCCGGUUGCUAAGAAGAAUCAUCUGCUGAGUAACAGACCAGAGCUGGCCUUCCAUUCCAUUCAGUGUCUGUUGUUUGGAGCCUUGGCUCUGACCACGCUGAGGAUGAAAUACUUGUGGACACCGUACAUGUGCAUACUGGCUGGGGCGGGGAUCAGCGACUACAAGGCUUGGAGGUUCUUACUAGCCAGGUGUAACAUGCCAGGAGCUAUGGUUCAACUAGUGCGUCAUUUUGUCACUUUAAUUGUCUUGGUUGCAUUAUUGGCUCUGGCAUUGCCCCCAGUAUUACAAGAGCUUGAGGAUCUGAAGGAAUUCUGGGAUCCAGACACUGUAGAGCUGGUAGAGUGGAUUAAGAAAGACACCCCCAAAACUGCUGCAUUUGCAGGCAGCAUGCAGCUGUUAGCCGCGGUCAAGCUGUGCACAGGUCGGCCAAUUACUAAUCACCCUCACUACGAAGAUAAGCAUCUCAGAAAGAGGACCAAGGAAAUUUAUCAGAUUUAUGGGAAGAGAAAAGUGGAGGAUGUGUAUGAGAUUUUGAAGAAGUACAACACAGGUUACAUAAUCCUUGAGGAUAGCAUCUGUCUGGCCCCUUCCCAAGAUGGCUGCCGACUGCCAGAUCUCAUUGAUGUGGACAAUGGCAUGAUUCCUGACAGUGGGAAGAAAGAGCCUGGCCUGGUCUACAGCAGGGUACCUCGUUUCUGUGACCAGAUUCGCUUUGGGGGUCAAGACUUUGCCAAAUACUUCAAAGCUGUUUUUACAAACAAAACAUUUCGUGUGUACAAACUUAUGGAUGGUUAGACGGACCAGAAGUUCUUCCAUAAGCCCUAGCAAUCAUUUCCCACUGAGUCGACUUACUGAUAUGAUUAUAUGUCCUAAUACUAUGAUGUGAGAACAUUGUAAGCAAAGAGAUCAAAGGUUAUAAAGCUUUAUUUAAUGAUGUUAAUGCAUUUUAUUUAUAUGUGCCAUUGUUUUACCUAUAAUAUAGUCUGUGCACAGCUUUCAUGCCAAUUACAUACGUUUUUUUGGUUGUUUUUUUUUUUAAUAUGCUUUUUACAAUUUUGCUUUGACAGAUUUCAUUGCAGUUUUUAUUUGGAUAAUAUACCUGGAAGGAAAAAAUUUCUGUGUACUUUUUAACUACAUCUAAUCAUGAAUGUUGUCUUUUUUAGUCAGCUUUAUUCUGAAGGCAUUUAUUCAGGUGUUUGUUAAUGUGGCUGACUGGCACAAAAAGUCUAUACACACUGGGUCUUAAGCAUUGUUUAUUCUUAUCAAAGGUGUUGCCUUGAAUCCAAAAGCAAACAAGUACAUGUGAAUGAAAACUAAGGAAAAGGUUUCUUUUGUACCUCCUCUGAUUCUGAAUGAAAACACCUGCUAGUCUUUUCUGAGUUAUUAGCUCUCUUUUCCUAGGUCACAUCAUUUUGACCUGUAUUUUCAGGUCGCCUAAAACACAACACAUUAUGCACCAUGUUCCACUGUGUGAUUGUCAUCACAUGGUGUCAUUUUAGGUGUCAUAUAUCAGCAAAAUUGCAUAACUAGACACUGGGUUGAUGUCAUAAUCCAAAGUUUCAUUAAUUAACAAGCAGCCAGCAUAUAUUACAUGUAACUAGUAUAAAAAUACUAUGAAUUGCCAUAAUGCAAGCCAACAGUAGUGCUAAUAAUGCCAUUAACUUGUGAUAUCUGAGACUAAAAUAGACAUCUAUCUGAAUCCCUGGUGAUAACAGGUCUAACAUUCUUUGAAAUCCCUUGCUUCUUAAAGUAAAAGAAAGCUAAAAUAAGGAAUAAGUUCAUCAUACAGACAACUGAAAACUAUGCAUAAAAAUACUUUCAAUUUUUCUUUUCAGAUUUUUUAAGAGGGUUGAAAAGCAGUCAAAUAUUUGAAUACCAUAAGGAGCUUUAUGAGCCAUACUCACAGUAUUAUGGACCUCACAACACCUUUUUCUUUCUUCCUGAUGUUCACCAGAAGGAAGGAAUUUUAGGGAACAUUGUUUCAGUAAUCUCUUACUCAUAGAUAAAAAGAGUUAUUCCAACAUUCAAUGUCAUGCUUAGAGUUGGAUAAACUUCUGGUGACAUCAGAGUUCCUAACCUCAGAUAGUAUUUUCCAUAAAGCCCACCUUAGAAUUCAAAUGUUUAAGUGCCUUUAACUCUUUUCACCAAAAUCUAAAAACAUAAAUGAAAGUGUGCAUGUAUGCAUAGUUUUAAGUGGUCUAUUUAGUGAUGCCUACUUUGAAUUUUAGAGGUCUUUUCCUUUGAAGUAAGAAAAGCCAUAAUAAUGGAAAUAAUUUUGUAGUAUGGUGAUAACGCUACUCUGUCUAUGCUGAAAAUUUGCUUUUGUAUUUUUGUGCAAGGUGUUUAAUUUUUACGCUGUGAUAAUUGUCAAAAAUUUCAUAGACGUUUUAAGUGUUUUUUGUAAUGAGUUGAAAAUGUUUCUGUGUAAAAAGAAAUGAAAGGUUUAAUAAUUUACUAUGCUGAUGCAUGAUGAGAAGCUCAUUAGGACAUGUCCGGCUGUUUUUUCCAUAAUUCUGCUCACUUGUACAAGUUAAACACUCAUGGUUUAGGCACUGAUGUAAAGUCAUGUUUUGUUUUGAAAAUGAUGCAACCAUAAAAAGGAUCGGUAAUCAGUAAAAAAUAUGUAGUUUUUCAACACAUUCAGUAAAGCUUUAAGGUAGAGUGUACUUUAAGCACAUUAUAAACUGUGAUUUGAAGAAACAUAACAUGUUCAUUUCUAUUAACUAAUUUGCUGACCAACAGCCAUUCCAUUGUUCACGACGCAUGAUUAUCACCGUCAUCCAAUGAUUUCCCUGUGUAUUAAUGUCCAUCUCAUGAGUUGCUUUGAAUGUAGCUAUCUUUGUCGUUUAAUACCCUUAUGUCCGAGGUCAAGAUAGUUUAAAACUUCCUUUGAAACAGUUUCAUGUCAGACUUUCAGAUGUCAUGUGGCAGUGGAAAUUUCAAUUAAACCCACAGCUGCUAUAGCCUACUUUGGCUCUAGAAACCUUAGUUUAUGGCAACAAUUUACCGAUGUCCAUAUACCGGUAAUAUAAGAUGAAAAUCCCGAACUACUAGUAUUAACUAUUGCAACUUUAUAUCAACCAGACCUGGUGAAAAGUUUUAUGUAUUGGAUGGAAACUUUAUUUGACAAGACUCCGUAAUCAUAGAUUGUAUGCAAGUGUCGGAGGAGUUUCCCUGGACUUUUCUGUAUGAACAUGCUGAUGUGGGUUAAGCCCAGUUAUUGAAGUAUUACAGUUGGUGGCACAAUACAACAAUUAUGUC